CCCUCGCAGGUGGUUCAUGGAAGCUGAGCUCGGAGAAGGCUCUGCACGUGGGGCAGACCUCCACUCAGCGUCGUGGCUGUCUAAAGGAAUAAUGUUUCCAACAUGUCUGUGCAGUCACUGCUUUGUGAAAGAAUUGCCGUUGCCGAAGAACUGAUCAAGAGAGCAGAAGCCCUUUCCAAGUUCCAGAAAAGGAGAAUAGAAGGUGGGGCAAAACUAUGUGGCAAACUGAAGGCUGAGUUAAACUUCCUACACAAAGUGGAGUCAGGGAAGGUGGUCAUUAAAGAAUCCCAUCUGCAGAGUACAAACCUCACCCACCUCCAAGCCAUUAUCCAGUCAGCAGAGAACCUGGAGGAUGUUGUCAGUGUCCUCCAAGUCUUUUCUUAUGAGGACAGGUUUGGAAACAGACAGACGCUGGUGGUAGAUGUUGUAGCAAAUGGAGGUCACACGUGGGUGAAGGCCAUUGGUCGGAAGGCUGAAGCCCUGCAUAAUAUCUGGCUGGGAAGGGGCCAGUAUGGUGACAAAAGUAUCAUUGAGCAGGCUGAAGACUUCCUGCAGGCAAGCUGUCAACAGCCAGUGGAGUACAGCAAUCCCCACAUAAUAUUUGCCUUCUACAACAGCGUGUCCAGUCCUAUGGCAGAGAGACUUAAGGAGAUGGGGAUAUCUGUGCGAGGAGAUGUCGUUGCAGUGAACUCUCUAGUAGAACCAUCUGUGGAAAACCAGCACCUAAGUGCCAGUGAAUCAGAUGAAGAAGACCUAGAACUGCAGGUCACCAGGGUAGAUCGGGAGAAUUUAGUGACCAGCAUUGCUUUUCCUACACAGAUCAAAGUAAAUGUGUGCAAUAGAGUGAACUUAGAUAUCACUACAUUAAUAACCUACGUCUCUGCUCUGAGUUACGGUGGCUGCUACUUCAUCUUCAGAGAAAAAGUGCUAACAGAGCAAGCGGCUCAAGAAAGGAGGGACAGAGUCCUGCCUCAGCUGGAGGAGUUCAUGGAGGGGAAGGAGCUCUUUGCAUGUGAAUCUGCUGUCAGAGAUUUUCAGUCAAUCUUGGAAACGCUGGGAGGGCCUGGGGAGAAAGAGAGAGCUGCAUUGCUUGUUAAAAGAAUUAAUGUGGUCGCAGAUCAGCCAUCUGAUCGUGCCUUACGACUAGUGGCGAGUUCAAAAAUCAACAGCCGUUCCCUAACAAUUUUUGGGACAGGAGACACUUUAAAAGCCAUCACCAUGACUGCAAAUAGUGGUUUUGUGAGGGCAGCUGCUAACCAAGGCGUCAAGUUCAGUGUUUUUGUUCAUCAGCCAAGAGCACUGACAGAAAGCAAAGAAUCUGUUGCCACACCUUUACCAAAGAGCUGCCUGCGUGAUAAUGGAUUGUAAUUUGUUAAAGGAAUUAAUCUCUGAAUAUUGCUGAUCUUUCAGUGGAAACAUCUGGAGAAAAAAGAGAGUCAUAGCAAUACUAUAAUAUAUAAUACAUUUUCUGAUUGUUUAACAGUGAGAAUGCUAACUGGAGCAAUGGAAGGGUUCCCCAGGAGACUUACAUGGUCUUUAUUUGGUCUUUGUUUUUUGUUCAACUGCUAAUUUAUUCACUAAAGUAAUAAGAUUUCCUUGAAAAUCAUUAACUGUUACAGUAUAUUAACUGUAUGCAUCCCUAUUAAAACAUUCAGUUACAGCA